UCCUCCCCCUGGUGUCCCCCAGGUGCAUUUUUACGCGAGCAUUUAGUACUGCUCGGAGCACCGUUUGGCUCGCAGUGCCGCGAGCCGUCGCGAGGUGUCCUUCAUUUUUUCCUUCCGCGUCAACCUCUCUCAUCGACCGGCGAUCCUCGUUACCGAGCGCGAGAACCGCGGAAGCCUUUUACGCUGGUGAAAUUGUUGGAUACGGGACCCGAGGGAGGCUUUCGCGCCGGUAAACUCUCGGACACUGGACCUGGGGUUGGUUUGGAAGGUCUAUGCCGAGGUCGCGGUAGGAAUUUCGUCGUCGGGUAGUCCGAGACUCUCGCGACCUGUUGAUCCGGUGCGUUCCUUGAGUAUAUUAUACGGUCAGUUUUAUAAAUAUUCGUACCCUUUGUAUCUAUAGAAGAAACUUGUUUAAACCAAAUGGUCGAAGUGAAUCUUCGAACAGUAGGCGUGUGUGAGACUUUCGUAGAGGGAGGAAGUGAUCGUGAAUUAUUCUUGGGAUGGUAGAUGGGCCUGGGUAGGAUCCAGAGUGGACGCAAUCCCCAGCGGAGUCCCAGUGUCCUAUUAAACCUUCCACCAACUUGAGAGAGAAAGGAGGUCAAGAAUACCGAGUAGACUCUAUCGAGUAGAGUCCGAUAAUUCCCAACGGAAGAUUUCUUGAUAUCGAGGCUAGGGAACCAGGAGAGUCCAAGUGUCCUAUUAAACCUUCCACCAUGUUGGAAAAGAAAGGAGGUCAAGAACCCUGAGUAGAGACUCUAUCGAGUAUAAAGUCCGACAAUUCCCAACGGAGGAUUUCUCGCUAUCCAAGCUAGGGAACCAGAAGAGUCCCGGUGUCCUAUUAAAUCUUCCACCAUCUUGAGAGAGAAAGGAGGUCAACAAUCCCUCCGCUUGAGAGACCAGCGGACAGAGGCAACUAAAGCUUCUCCGAUCUCGGUCCUCGUCGACCCAGGAUUCCUUCCCCGGCACCUCGAAGGUUCAACCCGAACCGUCGCCACGCUUCCCGGCGUUCCUUCGAGGAUACCCCCCGCGACGGGGAUCCCCCGAGCAUGACUGGAAAUUGGAACGAAACGAGGCGUCCGAGCGGAUCGUCAGCGCGGUCGUAAAGUGCCUUCCCCGGGAGUCGAGCGACCGCAGACUCGAGCCCGGCCUCUGGAACCGGUCGGUCCGCGUACUCUCAGGCGUCUCCAUUUCAAAACCGUCGACGGGGCGACGCCGGGAAAGGGAACUGGCGGGAAAAAAGACGCGGAAACGGCGGGGAGGGGGGAGCGUUGUCGGAUUAUCCGCGGGCAGACCGAUCGGACCUAGAAAGCGAGUUCUUCUAAGGUUUCCGCGGGUGGCUGAGGAAGCCACGCUGUGGACAGCCGGGCCUAGCCGGCAGAGAGAGACACCGCGCGUCGUCGUUCAUCCUCGCCGAAGAUUCGACCUCUCCUACCAGCGCGUUCUGCCCCCUACCACGCCCGAGGAUGGAUCGCAACGAGAGCGCAAACGAGGGCGGAAGCUCGCCGGACACUGUGAUCGGUCGGUCCUCGUCCGAGGAGGACCGGAACAGGCAAGGCUGCACCACUUCCGGCGAGUACGUCACCGUGGGCGACAGCAGCUCCAGCUUGGACACGUUGAACAGCGCCGGUACCGCGGCCGCUCCCCCAGGAACCGAGGACAAGAAGAGGGGACGAUUCGGGGCGCUGAAGAACAGCUUUCGCAAGGAGGGAGGGCUGUUCAAGAUCAAGAAGAAGAACAAGAACGCGGACGAGGCGUGCGCCGAGAGGGAGACGGAUGUUGACGAUAAAGAAACGGCCGGCAAGAGGAUCCAGGAAGCGGAGGACGAGGGCAAGGCCUCGACCCUGAAGAAGAAGAAGAAGAAGUCGAGCUCGCUGGUGCGCAAGCUCAGCCUGAACAAAUUUCGCCUCUCGUCGGAUCAGGAGCGGCGACAGAGCCAGGAAGGUGGCGACAGCAGCCGUUCACAGAGCCAAUCGUCGCAGGAGUCGCCCAGUCUGUCGGACAGCCCGUCCAGGAUCACGAGGAAGGGGCAGGAGACGGAGGUGAUCAGCGGGAAGGAGAGGCUCGAGGAAAGGAGCGAGGCCGGGACACGUGACGAAAAGGAGAGGGAGAGAGAGAAGGGCGAGACGUGGAAAUCGGAGAAGCUGCUCGAGAAACCGGUGAGCACUGUCACCGUAGUGCAGCGCAGGUCGCCGUCGUUGACCAUCAGGAGCUUUUCCAAGAUCCAGCACGAUCCGAAGGCCCCGGAAAAGUCGCCCCUGGCCGAGGAGCGACGGAGCUCGACGCUUCCCUACACCAUCUCGAAAUGGCCGGAGCCGAAAGCCGCGAAGCAGCCUGAACCUGCGAGGAAGUCGAAGUUGAACGCGAAGUCGGAGUCCGAGAGCGGAAUCCGCGCGAAGUCGUCGCCCCACGAGGUGCGCAGGAAGUUGUCGUUGCUGGAGGAGAAGCGCGCGAUCUUCCAGCGACGGUUGUUCGAGACCACCCAGGACUCGGACUCCAGCGAGACGGUGAUCGCCGUCAGCGUGGACGACGAGGACGGCAGGACCCCCAAGGAGGAGGAGAAACGCGAGGCGCAGACCAAGAAGAAGGCCAGGCACAUCAGCGUGAAGAAGUUCGACACGUUCUCGACGUUCGAGGGCACGUUCGACGAGGAGACGGGGGUCGGUUACCUGGCCGGCAUCGAGGAGGACUACACGGAGAGCUACGAUCGUCAGAACCACGAGUACCCGGCGCACCCGGCCACCAUGGGUCCGAUGGUCGGCGCCACCGGCGAAACCGCGGAGAAGAGCAAGGUCGUCAGUCAGGACAGCACGUCGUCUCAGAACAAUGCGCCAAAUGCCGGAUUAGGCGAGAAGCGAGAGCACUUGUACAAAAUCUUGGUGAUCGGGGAGCUUGGUGCCGGGAAAACGUCCAUUAUCAAGCGAUACGUCCAUCAGUUCUUCUCGCAGCAUUAUCGCGCAACGAUUGGCGUUGACUUCGCUCUGAAAGUGUUGAACUGGGACCCGCACACGAUCAUAAGGCUCCAGCUAUGGGAUAUCGCAGGUCAGGAGAGGUUCGGGAACAUGACCCGUGUGUACUACAAGGAAGCCGUAGGUGCCUUCAUAGUGUUCGACGUGACGAGGAGCGCUACACUCGACGCAGUGGUGAAGUGGAAACAGGAUCUGGACUCGAAAGUGCAGCUUCCUGACGGCUCGCCCAUACCCUGCGUCCUCCUCGCGAACAAAUGCGACCAGCAAAAGGAGGGCCUGGUGAAUUCAGCCACGAAAAUGGACGACUACUGCAAGGAGAAGAACUUUGCUGGAUGGUUCGAGACGUCUGCCAAGGAGAACAUAAACAUCGAGGAAGCGGCGCGAUUCCUUGUCAAUAAAAUACUUCAGAACGACCAGUUGAUGAAGGGCAACGGUUCCCAGGACCAGACCGACGGCGAGAGAUUCGCGCUGAACCAGUCACCGACGAGUUCGAAGAAGUCCUGCUCCUGCUGACGAAUCGGUAACCCACCGAUGCCAGGAUCCCCAGGUCCCGUAUCGUCGUCCCAUCGUCGUGGUCGCGUCGUCGGUGCCAUGACGCUGACGUCCACUCGAUUCACGUUGGAUCCCCGCUCGUCACGAUCGCCGCCACCGGAAAACAACGGCCGGUUAUCGCGUCGCGACAAGACGCGCGAUAAACGCCGUUUAUUGUCGCGCGGCCGGCGUUUCCCCGUCGACUGUCGCGUCGGGGACGCUCGAACGCUAUUGGCUGCUCGCCACUCGCUGAGAACGCGCGAUUCCGAUCGAUCGUCGCUCGCACUUGUCCGUUUGUACAUAUACGCCCCGGAGGGCUGCGUUUCUCACCGAUACGCGGAGGUUAGGAGCCCUGGAUGUUGAACUGAGGAGAAAAAUUAUGGUUUUCCAGUCUGGUGGUUGGGACGAUGCAGUUCCUUGAUUGAAUUUUGUUGUAUGGUUCUCGAGAGCGCGCUCCUCAACUGUGGAGGAUGUCUCCUCUCGCUGUUCUGUUUUUAUAGAGAUGUGCAUCUUCGAAAGUUCGAGUUGCAUCUACUACUUUCGUUGCAUCUAGAAACAAAUGUUCUCCUAAAUGAAGGCUUGAAGUUUAAGAAUAUUGCGUCGAAAAGAAAGUCGAUUUUUUUAAAUUUCUAUAGUAGAUAGACUCGUUAGGUAAGCGGGGCUUUGAAGCGCGAAAGAAUUGUCCUCCGUUUCAUUCGGACGAAGUCCCAUCGACGGACCUCGAAACUUUUUCUACUUUUUGAUCCCGUGACGCGGCGAAAGCUUUCAUGGGCGGCUGUAACUCACUUCGACCGUGACCAC